UUUGAAGAGCAAACCAAGAAAACAAACGCCCAAUCGCGAACGCCCUCUAUAACAGCGCGGAGGAACACAAACUGGGUGCGCUGCGAUCUUGGUAUAACCACCCUUCCCGUUUGCGUCGAGAGGCCUAGUGCGAAAACAAGGACUUGGUUACGUUGUUCCCUCGAUCAAUUAAAUUACAGCUGCACUAUGUCUUCCGGCGUGACAGUGUCCAAUGAAGCCAAGACUGUGUAUGAGGAGGUGAAGAAGGAUAAGAAGUACCGUUACAUUAUCUACCACAUCAAGGACGAACGGGUCAUCGAUGUGGAGACCACGGCAGAGCGCUCCGCUACCUACACGGACUUCCUGGAGCAACUGCAAAACUACAAGAACGAGUGCCGCUACUGUGUCUUCGACUUCCCCGCCUCCAUCCGCGCCGAGGGGGCCUCCGAAUGCGCCAUGUCCGUAGACCGCCUUGUCCUCAUGACCUGGUGUCCCGAGCAGGCGAAGAUCAAGCAGAAAAUGCUGUACUCCAGCAGCUACGAUGCGCUCAAGAAGGCUCUCGUGGGCGUCUACAAGUACGUCCAGGCGUGCGACUUUGAAGAAGUCAGUCAGGAGGCAAUAGAAGCCGCCUUCCACUCUUCGCGCAAGUAGGGACACACACUUGUCACGGCUGAGGCACCACCCUCUUCGUUUUACUUUGUUUUCCUCCGACGGUACUUUUUUUUCUCUAAAGUUUACACGAAACAAGGGGAAAAAAGAAGUGUCCACUUUUGCUCGACAAGACGAAAGGCAGGAAGCAGGCAGCGACUGCAACCGUGUGCACACGCCUCCGCAAGAAUGUCAAGACCGGCCAAGGCGCCGUUCAUUUUGGUUGUUUUGCCGACGGCUGCUUUCCUUCGGCGUUGUCCCAUGAUCUGCCUGCGUUCCGAGCCCUUGGUACCCUUCUGCAACAAGCCCUGAACACUGUUCCUUUCUAUUUCUUUAGUUUUUCUGGACAUUCACAUUUAACUGCUUGUUUUCUCCAUUUCCUUCAGCGUUGAACAGAAACUGCCACUUGCCCCUCCUCCCCCCCCCCCCCCCCUUUUUUUUUUUGCAACAGUUUGCGUAUACCCGGUUGAUGUUGAAUGCAUUGCUGGCAUUUGCUGGCAUUGUUGAGACUUCGAACAAGUUUCAUCAUUGAUAUUUUGUUUCUUUUGUUUGUUUUUUCCCUGUGUUAACUAGUAAAGCAACGUUACCAUUUCUUACCCAUGCAGACAUGUUUGAUAUGUGCAAGCACUUCAUGGGACACUAGGGCACUUUAAAUGCCUGGUGGGAACAGUGUGUUCGCUCAUGUAAACCUUAACUCCACAGAGAAAUUUUCAGAACUUUUACCCCAAUGUUAGCCAGGGGUGCUUCAAGCAAGGGAAAAAAGGGUUUCAGGGUUCCUUUCUACCAGAGUUGUGGUUUUUGGACACUUGCUUCAGUCCCUUCAUUCAGCCAAUGUAUUUUUUUUUUUACAACUUUGCGCUAGUGUGUUUACCUGCUAAUAACUAUUUAUUGAGUCACGAGGUUGUUUCUUCUGUUCUCCGUUUCUUUUUGCUGGUUGCCGGCAUUUUUAAAAAAAUCUGUUCGAAUGGCAGUGAAAAAAUAUGAAUAUUCUGUGUGAAGCGCGGUAAUUGCCCCCCCCCCCCCCCUCCUGCCUUUUUUUUUCCUAUCGAAUUGCUUUAGGCUUCAGUUUUUUUCUCGUAUACCUGUGUGUACAUGGACAAAUGUGAGGUGUGUUUUGUACACCGGCAACGAGAGACAUGCUCUGGCUAAAUUUCAGAUGCAAACCUCUUGUCGUGUGAUCCACUAAAGAGAUGCGAUUGCCUCCCUGGUACGGGUGGGCCGAAUCGAAUGGAAAUUUUUGUUCUUUUUUUUGUGCCCUGGGGAAUGAAUCAAUCUGGUGAACACUGAUGCAAAUAAAAAAGUAUGAAAAUUUUUA